UCGUAGACCAUUUGCGAAGCCCUAUCUCUACACGGGCAUUCCGUUCCUCCUUGCCGUCGCGUCCGCCCGCUUUCAACCGCAAUGGUGUCCCUCAAGCUUCAGAAGAGGCUCGCUGCCUCCGUUCUCGGAUGCGGAAAGAACAAGGUCUGGCUCGAUCCCAAUGAAGUCAACGAGAUCUCUAUGGCCAAUUCCAGGCAAAAUAUUCGCAAGCUCGUCUCCGACGGCUUCGUCAUCAAGAAGCCCGUCACGGUACACUCCCGCGCGCGCGUCCGCAUGAACCAAGCGGCGAAGCGCAAGGGCCGGCAUAGCGGCUACGGUAAGCGUCUUGGAACACGUGACGCCCGUCUUCCGCAAAAGGUCUUGUGGAUGCGUCGCCAGCGCGUCCUGCGUAACCUCCUACGCAAGUACCGCGAGGCGAAGAAGAUCGACCGCUACCUCUACCACGAGCUCUACCUCCGCUGCAAGGGUAAUGUCUUCAAGAACCGCCGCGUCUUGAUGGAAAGCAUCCACAAGGCCAAGGCCGAGAAGGCCCGUAGCCAGGCCCUCGCCGACCAGUUCGAGGCCCGCAGGAUUAAGAAUAAGGCCGCCAGGGAGCGCAAGGCCGCUCGCUUGGAAGAGCGUCGUAAGGUUGAGGGUUCUGAGCUUAAGCCGACCGCUUCGUAAAGGUACCGUUUUUCUGCGGUUUGUCGACUAGUUUGCGAUGUGGACUGCGAUCCCGCUCAUAAGCGUUUCUUUCAUUGACCUAAAGUUCGCAUGUUUCAUACGCGCAGUAUUGCACCGCUGCAGUCCUCUGCGUGGAGCACAGUUCGUGGGGCCUUCUCUGUGACAAGCAUACUUGAUGGCAGGCGGUAGUACCCCGCUGAUCGUGCAUAACAUUGCUCCCAGCGCCCAAUGAGACAGACGAAGGAUCCAGCUAUGUGUAGUUACCGUAGCGUUGGAUUGCUGAUCGUGCAUAACAUUGCUCCAAGCGCCCAAUCAGACAGACGAAGGAUCCAGCUAUGUGUAGUUAUCGUAGCGUUGGAUUGUCUGGUGUCGAUUUGGUUAGAUGUAUUUUGGUGUGUGCCCAUCCGCACAAACGUCUCUAAAGUCUUUGAUCAGCAGUGCUGACUCAGUACUCCACCGCCUUGCGAAAAACGACAACGAGGUGGUGUGUGAAGCCUGUCUCUUUCGAUUUUCAACGAUUUCUUAGGGCAGGUGCAUUGAUUGCAAUCCCUGCGGCUGCGCUUUGUCAACACACUUGUUGCACUGAGCGGUUUAGCAAGCUGACUUUCAGUCUCAAUAGUGAUCGUGGAGUCGUCUUCCACUGUCUUCCAUUACUACGUACAGUAUGGCUGUUGCGAAAUCGUCUUUUUCUGUCGGAUAUCGGUUCAGCGAUGUGAGCAAUGUACAGUAUUACCUCACAGGUUACCUUGUGAGACCUGUUUUCGGAGUGUAUAGCCUAGAAAUGAAUGAUGCAUUCAGAAAUGGACAUAUUUUCUUUAAACGCACUGCCUGUAUGAUGGGAA